UUCGGUAGCUCCCUGCGAAUCUUUUCAGUGCUCAGUUUGUUUGUAUUUUUAUUUUUUUUACAAUUAGGCCGGUACAAUACGUAUUGUUUCUGGAACUUAACAAUCACCCGUAAGAUACUUCCAUGCCAAACCAAAUGUCACGCCGCACCGACCUCCCGUUCGGGCGACGCAGCGCUGGUACGGACGGCGGAUGGCGAUCGACGACGGCGACGGCGUCAGCGAUGGCGGCUAGCAGUCGCAGCGGCAGCAGGCUAGACAGGGACAACAACAGCAGCUGCGACAGCAACAGCUCCAACGGGACGGACAGCACCAACGAUAGCGGCAGCCAACGCAUGUCCAAGCUGCGUCCGCUGGCCCGACUGGAUCGCCUGCUGCGCCGCUGGCUGCCCGGCUACAGCUAUUUGCGCGGCAUCACCGCCAAGGGCAGCAGCAGCAGCAGCAGCGGCGUCAGCGGCGGCGGCGGUGCCAGGCGGUCGGCUGACAAAGCAUCGAUGCCGUCGCAACUGAACAACGCCAUGGAGGAGCAGCAACAGCAGCAACCGCUCACCAUUGACCCGCCGCUGUCAGUGCGGAAGCGUCGGGACGGCGAGGUGGUCCUCGAUGCGGGCAUUGCCAAGUCGGAGUUCUGCCUGAAGCUGGAGAAGCUGCUGCGGGCCAAGUUAAUUGUCAAGAAUUAGCGGAUCGAUGGAGCCAGAACUACAACCGAUUUGAGAUAGAAAAAAGAAAAAACACACGCCAAUUCGAACGAAUAUAAAUAAGAGUCAAAGUCGCAGUCAUUGUCAUGGAUAUCGAUCUACAAAUAUAUAGUAUGUACACAAAAAAAAAAAAAAAAACUUGAAGAAAAAAA